AUCGCUUCAGAACACGAGACGAAGACACACCUGCUGACCGCACACCUGUCCCCUCUCUGCAGGUGUGUAACCCAAAAACAUCUGAAAACAAACAGCUGAGUUUGUGAGAUCAUAACAACGUGCAGAGUGUGAACCUCAGUGAUAAUCAAUAACCAAGAGUCACUGAUCAUAAAACUGCUGGAUCAGCGACAGAGACACCUGAACAGUUUGUGGUGCUCGAUCGUCCACUGGUCAGAUCGCUGCAGGUGAAAUGGGAGACGAUCGUGAGAAUAAUGAUUACCUGACAGGGGGGCGGAGUCACAAAGCUAACACGACUGACCUGCCAAUAGGAGAAGACAGAAAAACUGCACAGCCAAUGGAAGCAAAGAGGGCGGGGUCAGAUAUGAUUUAUGCCAUUGAAGAUGUUCCACCUUGGUACCUGUGUAUUUUACUGGGACUUCAGCAUUACCUGACAUGUUUCAGCGGAACAGUAGCGGUACCGUUUCUUCUUGCUGAGGCCAUGUGUGUCGGUCGAGACCAGAACACCAUCAGUCAGCUGAUAGGAACCAUCUUCACCACCGUUGGAGUCACAACCCUGAUCCAGACUACUGUGGGAGUCAGACUUCCUCUGUUCCAAGCCAGUGCGUUUGCUUUCCUGAUUCCUGCUCAGGCGAUCCUCGGCCUGGACCGCUGGAGGUGUCCCAGUGAAGAGGAGAUUUAUGGGAACUGGAGUCUUCCUCUGAACACCUCACAUAUCUGGCAGCCACGCAUCAGAGAGAUCCAGGGGGCCAUCAUCGUGUCCAGUCUGAUGGAGCUUGUAAUCGGUCUGUGUGGGUUGCCAGGUUUGCUGCUGGAGUACAUCGGUCCGCUUACCAUCACUCCAACCGUCUCACUGAUUGGCCUGUCUGUCUUCACCACAGCGGGAGACAGAGCCGGGUCUCACUGGGGCCUGUCAGCACUGUGUAUUUUACUCAUUGUGCUGUUUGCUCAGUAUCUGAGAGCGACAUCACUUCCUGUCCCGGUGUACAGACGAAAGAAGGGACUGACAUCCACCAGAGUCCAGAUCUUCAAGAUGUUUCCUAUCAUCCUCGCCAUCAUGUUGGUUUGGCUCGUCUGUUACGUCCUCACUCUGACUGAUCUGUUGCCGAGUGACCCUGAUCGCUAUGGACACAAAGCACGUACCGACGCUCGUGGUGACAUCAUGACUUCAUCACCCUGGUUUAGGGUUCCCUACCCCUGUCAGUGGGGGUUGCCGGUGGUCACAGUUGCCGGGGUGUUGGGGAUGCUAAGCGCGACCUUGGCAGGAAUCGUGGAGUCAAUCGGGGACUAUUACGCCUGUGCUCGUCUGUCUGGAGCCACCCCCCCUCCCGUCCACGCCAUAAACAGAGGGAUCUUCAUUGAGGGUGUUUGUUGCAUCAUCGCUGGUCUGUUAGGAACAGGAAACGGCUCCACCUCCUCCAGCCCAAAUAUAGGUGUUCUGGGCAUCACCAAGGUGGGCAGCAGGCGGGUGGUGCAGUACGGAGCAGGCAUCAUGUUCUUGUUGGGAUCAGUCGGGAAGUUCACAGCUCUGUUUGCCUCGCUGCCAGAUCCCAUCCUGGGAGGGAUGUUCUGCACGCUGUUUGGUAUGAUCACAGCCGUCGGUCUGUCCAACCUGCAGCUGGUGGAUUUGAACUCAUCCAGAAAUCUUUUCAUUCUCGGGUUCUCAAUGUUCUUUGGUCUAACGCUGCCGACGUACCUGGACUCACAUCCCCACUCCAUCCAAACAGGUCUUGCAGAGCUGGAUCAGAUCCUUACAGUUCUUCUGUCCACUGAGAUGUUCGUCGGAGGAUUUUUAGCUUUUUGUCUUGACAACACAAUACCUGGUUCUCGGGAGGAACGAGGUUUAGUUGAGUGGAGAUCUUCCUCCUCCUCCUCCUCCUCCUCCUCCUACGAUCUUCCUCUGGGUAUGGGCGUGGUCAGGCGCGUUCACUGGCUAAGACGGUUUCCCAUCAGCCCCUCUUUCAGAGGUUUCAGGGCAUCUGAUGAUGUGCCAGCACCUGAGGAGGAGGAGGAUGAGCAAAGAAGACAAGGAGCGGCAGAGCGAGCUGCUGACAUCCAGCUGCACAGCACCAAGGUGUGACUGUGAUGUCAUCAGUCACACCUGUCAGGUGACUGAACCAACGCCCGCUCCUGUGUGCACAGCACUGCCUCCAGAAAAUCCUUUAUUCACUUGUUUUUCAUUCACAAACAUUUGAUUGAAUUAAAUCAGAUCAGGUGUGAACAGGUUUCACAGGUGAGCGAUCGAUUAGCUGAUCGCAUCACGUGGGUCAGACCGACUGGCCCCGCCCCUCGGCGCCACGUCACAGCCC